AUGUUGCGACAGGCGCCCCCAACAGUCAAAGACAAGAUCAGAGGCAUCGGCUACCGGUGGGGUGGGAAUCUCAAGUACGCGGCAAGCUCGCUUUCGAGGUUCCCCGACCUUCAGGCAAAAGCCGAGUACGAAGAAGAACGAUUCAAGAACUGGGUCACCAUCUCCGGCGCUGACAGCUACGAUCACGAGGGAUAUCUCAACAACCUUGAACAUCGCGUUGAGUACCAGAGGAUCAAUGACCUACUCAAACGACUGUACUACCUGAGUAAAGAUGUUAAAGCCAGAAUUACGAAGCACACUACAGAACCGCGAUGGAAUCAAGACUACUAUGUGGCUUUUGGCCCUGGGGGAACCAGGACACAAGAGCCUAGAAUGAGUGACGCGGCUUUCACGGAGAUGGUACUUCCCAAAUACAAGGACAUUGAGAAGCUCAUCGACGAGUGUUAUGCUUUCAAGCCGAUUGUUUACUAG